AUGGGAUGUGGAGUUCCUAAAAGAAAGGCUACCUCAAAGCUCAACAAAGCAGAUGAACUUGAUACUUCUCUCCAAUACUUCAAUUCCAAUCCUCGAAUACCUAGCAUAUAUAUAAAAUCUCCAAUGGCAGACCAAAAAUCAGGGUUUUCUUGCUGAGAUAACCAUUUUGAAUACAAUAUAAAAGGGACAUCUUACACAAUUAUUAUUAGCAGAGUAAAGUACAAUGACUGCUCUUCACAGUUUGACUAA